AUGACUGUUCUGCCCUGUGGUAGCCAGUCUGGGGUUCGGCUCGAGUGUGUGACCUCUUCAGCAGCCGUGUCUAAGCACCUUCAGCAGCAGAUCUCGCCCCAGCAUGAAAGAGGAGCCGUUGAGCUGCGGACCAUGACCUCACAGGGUCAUCCAGGUGAUGCUGUGGAGGAGGUGGUGGUAAGCUGGCAGGAGAAACUCUUCAGUCAGUAUGAGAUGGAUCUGUUCCAGAAUGAGGCAGCGUGUCAGACCCCUCUGGACCGGCAGUACCACACACAGAUCAACGCCCUCAUCAGGCUCAAGCACCGUCCAAAUCACAGGAUCUUCACCUACACAGAUCAUGACCGCUACACUGACUGCCUUACAUUCCACCAGCUGCAGCACUCCACAGAUCUACUGACCACGACGAGGUCUGCUCCCACCUUCCUGGCUGAAAAAAUGGCCAACAUGAGGCACAGACGGCAAGAACGACGCACCACGGACUCAAGUAUUCCCAAUUCAAAGGUCAUCAACUGGGAGCCAACCAAGGAGUUUGUGAGGAACAGCCACGUGGUGAACAAUGUCCUGCAGACAAUGUACAUCAUGGGCGAUCUGGGUCCGCCUGGACAGCUGGGCCAGAAAGAGAAUGAAUAUUUGCUGCUCACCAUAAAGACAGAUGGCAACGGAACAGUCUUUGUGAAUCCUGACUUCAACAAGGGCAAGGACCCUUACAGGAUUGUAACAGAGGGGGAGAAGAGAGAAGUUUGGCGUCUUACUGUGGAGAACAUUUCUGCAGCGAUGAAACCAGAAGAUCAGGGCAGGGAGCAGAACAUGUACAGAGACUUGUAUCGAAGACACAAACAGCACCUCAGCAGCGUUGUUGGACAGGACUUUGAAAUGCCUCCUGUGGGUGUCCUGCGUUACGUGAUGUACGGAGAGAUCGUGUCAGCCAGGGGCUUUGAAUAUGAUAACUUAUGCAUUCAGUUCUUCAUGGAACUGCCGAACGAUUGGCAGAGUUUGCCAUCCCAGGUGCUUUCGGGGGUUACUCAGACCUGCCGGACCAAAGCCAUGGGAAAGGACAAUGUGGCCUUCUUCAGUUACCCCUUCAGCUGUGAGGCUUUCUGUAUGGAUGGAAGAGUGCGUGAAGCGUGCAGUCCACACUGGCCGGUCCUCUACUUCAAGAUUCUGUCUCUGGACUCCUGGCAGCGCUGCAGAACUGAAGGCUAUGGCUAUGUGCUUUUUCCUUCAUUGCCUGGUAAACACACAAUGACGUGCCGCACGUGGCGACCCCGUCUCACAGGGACAGUAUCUGCACUUCGGCGCUUCUUUAUUGGAGUAUCGCCUGAGCUUGAAGACCACAGUUAUGUCAGAAUACCAGGAACUUUCCAGGGGGAGAGGCUGAGUCGCUUUGGCUUUUGCACAGAGACCACAGGAAGUGUCACCUUCACGCUUCAUUCUAUCCAGCAAGCAAGGUCCUUUCUUGAUGCCAGUGUGUUGAAAAAGAGGAGGCAGAAAGUUGUGGACCAGCUGGGAGGCUUCAGUCAGCAAGAGGCUCUCCAAAGCAUUCUGGAGGCCUUCCAAAGGGCGAGGACCAAGAUGAGAGAAGCCAGAGAGAGCCUCCCCAGAGAUCUCAACACAACCUCACAGCUCCAACAUCAGCCGCAGGACGGCCGGCUGUAAGGACAACCGGAGGACAUCCUGCUCGUGACGGUGAAACUAGCUCUGUGUGUACGUUGCCAGUGGGACAGACAGAUCUGACAGGAUUUAAACACAGCGAAUGUUUAUGUAA